AUGUCUUCAGCAACACCACCAUGGUUUUUCGACAAGUGUUUCUGGUGUCUCGUGACGGCCAUUGGACAAUUGACAGCCAGGCUCGUCCGGCCUUAUCAAACUCUGCCGCUCUGCCUGGCUCGUCUGGUGGAUGAGGAUGUGUCCAUGGAUGCGAGGCGCGUCAUCGCCCACUGGUUUGUCAACACGUGUGGUGACUGCUGCCUGGACGCAGCAUUUAGCAAGCUCCUGCACUCUAAGUGUUCGGGAGCGGACGAUCUGCUGCCUGACGGAUCCUUGCAUGGUGUGCUGCAACUUGCAUUCUGCGGAAAGAACACAAACAUAGAGGCCGAAAACAACUUUGCCAGAGCACAGAAGGCAGCCCAAGCGCGAACUUCAUUGAGCACGAGCAUGGCGGCUAAGCAUGUGUUGAGUGAGGCCAAGCGGUGCCACCUUUCCGAUAUCACAAGCCGUGUCCCUGCCAGCGUUGCUACCGUGGACGAUGAGUCGGGAGGCACAAGUUAG